AUGGCUACACUCCAUACUCAGAUCUCCCCGCUCACGUCACUGACACGUCAGCAGAAUCACCGCCUUCCUUCAUCAGUCCUUCCAGUUGCUUUAGCUACUAGGCGCUCAGUCUCCUCUGCUGCUCUGUUGCCAGACGAACCCCGAAGGAGCAACCAUGACGGUAGCAGCAAGAGCAGUAACCAGACCAGCAAGAAGAGCAGUAGAAAUCCGGUGAGCAGCCACGUCAGCAGUACACGGAAAGGCCUCGGUGCAGGGAAGGGGUCCCUGAGCCUUGUUUCUGGGGCGAAGGGGUUCCGUGCGGUGGUGAGCUUUGCAGUUCGGAAGUUGAGGGGUGGUGGUGGUGUGUGGGAGGGGCAGCAUGAGGUCUGUGAAGCUGAAGAGCGGGACGGGUAUCACGCAGCUGAUAUCCCACCUGUGCCAGCUUAUAACGCGUAUGUGUCAACUGGUGUCACAAAUGGAGCAGUCCGGGCGGUCAGAGAGGACAACGGGAGCAGCAGAGGGGCAAGUGAGGGAACAGGAAGUAGCAGGGGUGCAGAGGGUGAGGGAAUGAGUGAAGAGGCGCUGGAUGGACAGCAUGAACUUCGGCAGGAGCGGUUGAGUCAGGUGCUGGGUGCAGUAACAGCAGUGGAGGAUCAAGAAGCAACGGAUGAAAGAGAAGGGAUGGGGGAGAAACCAGGCAAUUGUGACCUUGUAAAGGGGACGGUACAAGUGACUGCAAGCUCGUCACCUGCCACACCUACAGGGGACGGUGGAAUCGGUGCACCUCUGCAAUCGCCCGCUGAUACAGAUUCUAGCCAUCUGUUUUCUGAGCCCGUGCUCGCAACAGCAGCAGCCGGAGAUAUGGCGUUUUCCCUUAGCACCUCGGAUGUUGGCAUGGAGGAGGAAACGCAGGGAAUAGACGGAGAUGAGCGGGGGGAAGAGGAGGAAGAGGGGGAAGAUGGGGGUGAGGAAGAGGAGGGUGAGGAAGAAGAGGAGGAAGAGGAGGGGUUGUUGUUGGAGGCAGAGGAGGGAGGGCAGGAGCGCAAGAGUGUGUUGCGGCGGGGCCUGGCAGUCUCCUCCCGAACUCUCUCCUGGAUUUCUGACGUGGUUGUCUCACCCGCGCUCAGCUUCACUGGCCCACCAGUGGCGCGUGCAUUCAACUCGCUGCCUCGCAUCCGCAUGGGAGUGCUCCUAGACGUGGCAAGGAGUGUGCGUGCCAGUGCAGGCGGCAUGGGCGCAUGGUCAAUGCGGGACCUCACUCACGGGCUGUACCUGCUGUCGCUGCAGCAUGCUGAGGAGAGAGCGGUUGACACAGUGGCAUCUACACCAGUUACAGACGAGCAAACAGUGCAGGAUCUGAUCUACCACUGCGAGUUUGCCAAGGCGGCCAUAGCCACAUCGCACAGAGCCAUAGCGCAGGCGUGCAUGGUUCGCCCCAACCGCAUUGUCAAGAUCGUACCCAAGGCUCGGUAUGGCAGGCCGGCCUACUUCAUAGCUCUGGACGACAAGCGUCGUCUCGUAGUGGUGUCGUUCCGCGGGACGCGGUCGGCGCACGACAUGCUGACGAACCUUGCCGCCCACUCGGUCCACGUCUCUACUGUUCAGCGUGCUGCGGAAAGAGGAGGGAGAGAGGACGGGUCGGAGACAGAUGACGAGGAGAGGAGCGGGGAGCGUGAAGGGGAUUACUUUAUAGAAAGCGAUGGGAUGGAGGGAGAGAGGGAGGGAGACGGGGUGGCUGCUUGGAGUAAGCGAAAAGACGAGACAAGAGAGGAACAAAGGAGAGCUCGAGAAACGACAGGAGAAAGGGGGAGCGUGAGUGAGAAUAAGCGGAGGAGCGAGGCCAAGCGACAACCAGCGAAUGAGUUUAAUGAGAAAUCACAGGCGAAACCAAAGCAGAGCGCCAAGCAGAAUGCAACGCAGAACUCAAAGCAAGGCUCAAAGCAGGCCCCAAGGGAGGAGACGAUGGAGGACGUGGUGGGAGAGGAGGAACGGCGCGACAUGGACGAGGUGAUCGCAUUCGGACACUACGGCAUGGUGCAGGCAGCCGAGACGUUCGUGCAUGAGGAGUCCCCCCUCUUGCGCCACCUCCUGGCCCACCACCCGGGGUAUGAUCUGCGGCUGAUCGGGCACUCCCUGGGGGCGGCGGUGGCGGCGCUGGUCACCAUCCUGCUAAGGCCACAAGCGGAGGGGCUGCUGGGGAUAACGAGUGAGCGCGUGCGCUGCGUGGGGUUCGCGACGCCGCCCUGUGUUUCCAGGCAUCUGGCGCUCUCCUGUCGCUCCUUCAUCACCACUGUUGUCCUGCAGGAUGACAUAGUGCCGCGCCUCAGUCUGCACGCCUUGGAGUCGCUGCGAAACGAAGUGGUGGCAUGCGCUGCUGCUCAGCCCAGCAAGGAGAAGCGCGCUCGCCCUGCUUCUUCAGACAACAGCAACAGCGAUGGCACGCUCCCCCCGAAGAGCUUGAUGUCUCUGACUCGUGCUCAUCGGCCCUAG